CAGUAUACAUCUUAUUCUCUCUCUCUCUCUCGUCGGUGCGGUGAAGGAAAGCCGAGAGCGAGAUCAAAUUAACCCUAGCGACGAAGAUGCCGAAGAAGAUGGGAGUCAACAGCAAGGCGGAGGUCGCCAAAUCCCGGAAAAUUGCCGCCGAGGCCGAGCAGAAGGAUCGCCAGACUCGGGAGAAGGAGGAGCAAUACUGGCGCGAGGCCGAGGGUCCUAAAUCCAAGGCGGCGAAGAAGCGGGAGGAGGAGGCAGAGAAGAAGGCGGAGGCUGCCGCCAAGAAAGCGGAGGCGCGGCGUCUGGCUGAGCAGGAGGAGAAGGAACUGGAGAAGGCUCUGAAAAAGCCGGACAAGAAGGUGAAUCGCGUCUCCGUGCCGGUCCCUAAGGUCACCGAGGCGGAGCUGAUCCGAAGGCGCGAGGAGGAGCAGGUGGCGCUGGCGAAGAAAGCGGAAGACUCUAAGAAAAAACAGACACGCAUGGCCGGGGAAGACGAGUACGAAAAGAUGGUCUUGGUGACCAAUACGAAUCGAGAUGAUUCCCUCAUCGAGGCCCAUAGCGUUGACGAGGCGCUCGCACGGAUUACUGUCUCAGAUAACCUGCCCGUUGAUCGGCACCCGGAAAAAAGGCUCAAGGCUUCCUUUAAGGCUUAUGAAGAAGCUGAACUUCCAAGGCUGAAGGAGGAGAAACCAGGUCUUACUCACACGCAGUACAAGGACUUGAUAUGGAAGAUGUGGAAGAAAUCGCCAGAUAAUCCUCUUAACCAGGCUGCUGCUGAGUGAAAUGCAACUGGUAGCGAAAUCAAAUCAUGGAAAGGUCUCAUAAGAGGGAGAUGCAUGGCAGAGAGAGUAUGAUGAAGAUCUAAUGUAAGAUACUUCGUGGCAUAAUUCUGCUCGCCAACAUUGCUUGUUGAUUGUGCUUUGUGUAGAAACUCUAUGAUAUAGUAAGAAAGACAAAUGGAGGAGAUACAUACAUAUGCAAAGACCAUAACUGCCUUAUGUGUGUGUACCUAUUAUACGUCAUCCUGAAAGAGUGUUUUUUUUUUUUUC